UUUAGUUACUUUCCUGCUUCUGAAAAUUUGAUAGAAUACAAGUGGCCACCAGAUGAAACAGGAGAAUAUUAUAUGCUUCAGGAACAAGUCAGUGAAUAUUUGGGUGUGACUUCUUUUAAAAGAAAAUAUCCAGAUUUAGAAAGGCGAGAUCUAUCUCACAAGGAGAAACUCUACCUCAGAGAACUAAAUGUUAUCACAGAGACUCAGUGCACAUUAGGUCUAACAGCUUUGCGUAGUGAUGAAGUAAUUGAUCUUAUGAUUAAGGAAUACCCUGCCAAACAUGCUGAGUAUUCUGUUAUACUGCAAGAGAAAGAACGUCAGCGAAUAACAGACCAUUAUAAAGAAUACUCUCAAAUGCAGCAGCAGAAUACACAGAAAGUAGAAGCUAGUAAAGUUCCAGAAUAUAUAAAAAAAGCUGCCAAGAAAGCUGCAGAAUUCAACAGUAAUUUAAACCGGGAACGAAUGGAAGAAAGAAGAGCCUAUUUUGACUUACAGACACAUAUUAUCCAGGUGCCUCAAGGAAAAUACAAAAUCUUACCUACAGAGAGAACAAAGGUUAGUCCCUAUCCAGUGGCUCUCAUACCCGGCCAGUUCCAGGAGUACUACAAAAGAUACUCUCCAGAUGAGCUUCGUUACUUGCCGUUGAACACAGCUCUUUAUGAACCCCCUUUGGAUCCAGAGCUGCCUGCGUUAGACAGUGAUGGAGACUCAGAUGAUGCAGAGGAAGGUCGAGGUGAUGAAAAACGGAAAACCAAAGGCAAUUCGCCAAAGGUCAGUCCAAAUGCUAUAUGUGGAAUUUGUCUGAAGGGUAAGGAGUCCAACAAGAAAGGAAAAGCUGAAGCACUUAUACAUUGCUCCCAGUGUGACAACAGUGGCCACCCUUCUUGCCUUGAUAUGACCCCGGAACUUGUUGCUAUGAUUAAGACUUACCCUUGGCAGUGCAUGGAGUGUAAAACAUGCAUUAUAUGUGGGCAGCCUCACCACGAAGAGGAAAUGAUGUUCUGUGAUGUAUGUGACCGUGGUUAUCACACAUUUUGUGUGGGACUUGAUGCAAUCCCCUCAGGUAAUAAAGCAAGAGUUAAUUGUUCCCUUCCCACCUACUUUGGGUCCUGGGGUUUCUCUGUCAGAAUUAAUAUAUCUAUUGCUUAUGAAAGAAUAGUUUAAAAUAGCCUGAAGGGUAGGAAUAAGCAUAUCCACGCUGCAGGACCUGAAUUUUUAAAUAAGCUUUAUUUCUGUGUAUUUGAUUGUUUACAGUUUAACCUGGCAAUUCCUAGGAAUUAGGAAGUAUAAUUGGCUUUUACAGCAGACUCCAAGCAGACUCGCACAGAACUUUAUUUUUUGUUAUAUUUCCAAAGAGCACUGAGAAUAAUUACUUCUGUUCAUAAAAGAAACCUGUAAAGAGGCUGCAUUGCUGCAUAUUGCUGGAGUAUAGCUUUCACAUUAAAAUGUUUGUGCUAUUAUUUCAGUUUCUAAAUUUAAAAAUAUGUUCAAUUUAAUAUUUGUAAACACCUUUUUAAACUCUUUCCUUUCCCCAUUUUUUAAACAUCAAAGCUGGAAGUAAAGUGCCUAGAUGUCAGGCAGCCUGUACCUUUAAGUUACCUAGUCACUCCUAUCACCUGGCCAACUCAAAGCAGUGUAAAGAAAGCUCCAGAGAGACCUAAAUAACUGGUAAACUUCUCAGUUUUUGUGUAAUAUUAAAUCCAUGGUAUGCAGUAAGUUCAUGAAUAUAUAAGUGCUCAGUGGCUGCAAGUUCCAUGAUGACAGUAUUCCCUACAACUACAGUAUUUCAAAUAUGAACAAAUUCCUGUUGUAGUCUCCCUUUGUUUAGAGGUAUCCAAACCAGCUGUCACUUCAGUACAGGUUCUGUGGCUGAUUUAACUUUCAGGCUGACCUAAGGACAGAAACUAAAAACAAUAGAUUAUGUUCCUACCAAACUAUGAAAUUAGCAAAGCAAUUUUUAUGAUUCCAGCUGUUGUAAUAUAAAGAGUUAAUGUAAGAGGUCUGGUGACAAACCCCUGCUAGCAGUUUCAUCUGCGCUGCCUGACUGCACUGAAAUAACUGAUACUGAUUUGGGGAACGGGACCUAGUACUCUGUGGUAGAAGAAUGGCAGUAUUCUCCAGCUGCCAUUCAUUUCUGCUCCAAGUAAUUGCCCGUAACUUUGAAUUGUGGUCAUUUGUAUGAAAAUAUAAUUUGCAACCUCAAACAUAAUUUGUCAAGUUCCUUCUUUCCUAUAAUCACCUCCUUAACAGUGCUAGCUCUUAUUUCUUGUGGUCCAUAAACACGUGUAGCCAAUUGUUACAUGCAGUGAGUCUGCAAGGAAGCGUAAAUUUUUUACGCUAUUUUCUAUACCUUUUACAAAAGAUGCUUACAUCUUAAAGACAAACACUUAUUUACAUUAAGGGAACUACUACAAAUAGAUUAGCACCUAUGAAAACGGUGAAAGGUGCAUGACUAGGAGCGACUAUCAAAGGUAGUUUCCCAAUAAUUGAUAACUUUCUUUUCUUAGGUCGCUGGAUUUGUGAUUGUUGUCAGAAAGACCCUCCCAUACCCAGAAGAGGAGGAAGAAGGGGGAGGACUCGCAAGGAGGGAUAACAA